AUGGGUCACUCUCAGGACCUCAGUGAAUUCAAGCGUGGUACAGUGAUAGGUUGCCACCUGUUCAAUAAGUCCAUCCAUGAAAUUUCCUUUCUACUAAAUAUUCCACGGUCAACUGUUAGUGGUAUUAUAACAAAGUGGAAGCAACUAGGAACAACAGCAGCUCAGCCACGAAGUGAACGGGGUUAGCGCACAAGUUGCCAACUGUCUGCAGAGUCAAUAGCUAAAGACCUCCAAACUUCGUGUGGCCUUAAGAUUAGCACAACAAAUGUGCAUAGAGAGCUUCAUG